CCCACCUGGCCUCUGGACCUCUGUAAGAUUUAGAGGAAAGAAGCAGUUUUCAGAGCGACCGCUUCAGCCAGCACCAUCUCCUGUCCUCCUCUGUAGAAGCGCAUCGGCCAUGUAUUCCAAUGGGCUAGGGAGCGCGGCUGCUGGAGACAGGAAGGUACGUCUCCUCUCCCUGCUACUCAUUGGUGCCUGGGGUUGUGUGAUCUGUGAUGGAAACUCUGUGGAUGACAUCUGCAUAGCGAAGCCCCGGGACAUCCCUGUGAAUCCCAUGUGCAUUUACCGCCCUCCAAACAAGAAGGCCACUGACGAGGAUGGCCAAGAGCAGAAGAUACCAGAGGCCACCAACCGCCGGGUCUGGGAACUGUCCAAGGCCAACUCUCGAUUUGCCACCACCUUCUAUCAGCACCUGGCAGACUCCAAGAAUGACAAUGACAACAUUUUCUUGUCGCCCUUGAGCAUCUCCACGGCUUUUGCUAUGACCAAGCUGGGUGCCUGUAAUGACACCCUCAAGCAGCUGAUGGAGGUUUUUAAGUUUGAUACCAUCUCAGAGAAAACAUCCGAUCAGAUCCACUUCUUCUUUGCCAAACUGAACUGCCGACUCUAUCGAAAAGCCAACAAGUCCUCCAACUUGGUAGCAGCGAAUCGCCUUUUUGGAGACAAAUCCCUUACCUUCAACGAGACCUAUCAGGACAUUAGUGAGAUUGUCUAUGGAGCCAAGCUCCAGCCCCUGGACUUCAAGGAAAAUGCAGAGCAAUCCCGAGUGAGCAUCAACGACUGGGUAGCUAAUAAGACUGAAGGCCGCAUCAAAGACGUCAUCCCCCAGGGAGCCAUCAACGAGCUCACAGCCCUGGUGUUGGUUAAUACCAUUUACUUCAAGGGCCUGUGGAAGUCAAAGUUUAGCCCUGAGAACACAAGGAGGGAGAUGUUCUACAAGGCUGAUGAGCAGACAUGCCCAGUGUCUAUGAUGUACCAGGAAGGCAAAUUCAAAUACCGGCGUGUAGCAGAAGGCACCCAGGUGCUGGAGCUGCCCUUCAAGGGCGAUGAUAUCACCAUGGUGCUCAUCCUGCCCAAGCCUGAGAAGAGCCUGGCCAAGGUGGAGCGGGAACUCUCCCCAGAGCUGCUCCAGGAAUGGCUAGACGAGCUGACGGAGACCAUGCUUGUGGUCCAUAUGCCUCGCUUCCGCACUGAGGAUAGCUUCAGUCUAAAGGAGCAGCUGCAAGACAUGGGCCUUGUGGAUCUGUUCAACCCUGAGAAGUCCCAACUCCCAGGGAUUGUUGCAGACGGCAGGAAUGACCUGUAUGUCUCUGAUGCAUUCCACAAAGCGUUUCUUGAGGUGAAUGAGGAAGGCAGCGAAGCAGCAGCGAGCACUGCAGUCGUGAUUGCUGGCCGUUCACUGAACCCAAGCAGGGUGACCUUCAAGGCCAACAGGCCCUUCCUGGUCCUUAUCAGGGAAGUUGCUCUGAACACUAUUCUGUUCAUGGGGAGAGUGGCUAACCCUUGUGUGAGCGAAAACAGUCUUUGACCUUUUCCUUUUGCUGUUUGUGACCAGAAGUAAAAAUAAAUAUGGCUGCCACCUCA